AUUUAAUAUCGUUUUUUAUUCAUGAGAUCCACAAAUAAUAGAAGAUAAGAAUAAGUAAUGACUAGCCAAUAUGUAACUCCUUAAGGAAUUUGUGAUUAAGAACAAGCUAAAGCAAUAGCUAAGAAACUCUUUGAUUUGUACGACAGAGAUAGAAACGGCAUUAUAGAUGGUUAAGAAGGUAUGGAACUUAAGUUAUUACUAUAGUUUCACCAAUGCUUAUUGAUGCGUAUCGAGGAAUGAGUAAAGCCUUCAAUCCAACACAAGUCAAAUUAUUAAAUAUUCUUAGGCAGAUGUAGAUACAUUCGUAUAAGUUUUGGAUGUAAAUAGAGAUGGUAAGAUAACCUAUUAAGAUGUGGAGAAUUACGCAUUACGUAUAUUGGUAUUAAUAAUAAUCAUUUUUAGGCUGGUAUUCAACCAUUACCAUCUUACAGUAUUUAAUUACCACCUUAAAGAUAAUAUAAUAGAAUGGUUGAGGAAAGAUUGGAAGUUGCAAGAAGAUUAUUCAAGAAAUUUGAUGUCACUUAAUGUGGUUACUUGACUAGAAAUGAAGUAUACAAAUUAGAGGUAAGGUUAGGUUCCUGGAUUAUUAAGAGAAACUUAUAAACAAUUGAAUAUUGAGUUUGAACCUACACCUUAAGAUGUUCAAGCUUGGAUGGAUAUGACUGAUACAGAUUGUGAUGGUAAAGUUGCUUUACAGGAUUUCGAGUAAUCAAUUAUUAGGUCUUUGUAAGAAUAGGGUAUAUCCCUUUAUUGAAUGAGAAUAUAAAUUAAAAUAUUCAAUAAUU